GAUAAGAUUUUUUUUAUUUAAUCCUAUUUAGAAUAAGGCUGUAAUGUAUCAAAAUGUGAAAAGAGGGAAGGGGUGUGAUACAUUCCUGAAUGCACUGUAACAGUGGGUGUAUUUUUGAGUUACUUACAUGCCAUUCUAUAGAAGUCAAUGGAUUGUGUUGUUUCUGUGAAUUUACAUUAUGCUGUGUGAGCAGAGAAUAUUUAAGAUGUGUAUCUUUACUGAUGGUAACUCUAAUACUAUUUAAAAGGUUUAACUAUUUGUUUUUUUAAACACACACACACACGACAAUUAUUUUAUUUUAUUAUCUUGCAGGAGUAUACCCAGAAUUCCACAGUGUCCAAUUUGCACAAUAACCACCCAACUUGGAAUAAACUAUGCUCCAAGUUCACUUUUUGAGAGUAAAGUAUUUGUAUAAUAAAAGUACACUCAGUGACAGAGCAUACUAUAAAUAUGUCAAACUAUUUUUUGCGUAAAUAAGUCUAAGAGUUUAAGGGCUCUCUUUCUUAGUGAAACAGUAAGAAUGUGUCUUAUAUACAGACAUGCUACACAGUGGAAUUGCAUAACUUCAGCCAUCUCUAGCUCUUCAGCCAGACAACGGCAGCCAGCUCUUUAAAGGGUAACAUGCUGAGUCAGUUGGCGAUUCAGUGCAUCGUUGAUCAACCUCUCGAUUGGACUCUUGAUCUGAUCUGUGAUUUUAAAACCCCGGCACAGAUCCCACUGCAGUCUCACAUGUAGUGUCUCUGCUUCUGACACAUAACUGUGCAACCAUGACCACUUUCAAUGAAAUUCUGGAGCAGGCACUGAAUUUUGGUCAAAAGUGCGUAUUUUCUCUGGUGUGUACUGUCUUUGCCUUUUUCUGGGGUCUAUGUGAAAAUUGUGUUCUAGGGGUUCACCCCAGAGCAUUGGUGCCGAGACUCAGGGGUGAGUCAGAUCCAGAAGAGCUGUGGCUGGAACCUGAUGGACACUAGAAAGAUCACGGUCCCGGUGGUCAACACCUCAGGAGUGUUGGUCCACAGCCAGUGUGAGCAGUAUGAACUGGACUGGAAUGCUACGGGUCUGACCUGUGACAACCCAGAGUCUGACCUCACUGACGCCCUUCGCAGCAAAGCUCCCAUGACCUCCUGCAAGGAAGGAUGGGAGUAUGACUACAAGGGGAGACAGUCCUUUGUGACUGAGUUUGACCUGGUGUGUAAUGAUGCCUGGGUGAAGUACCAAGCUACAUUCAGCUUCUUGAUGUUCAACCUCUUGAAUGGGGUUGCUUGAAUACCUGUAGCAGUG